GGCCACGUGUUCUAAAGAUGGUAUUGUGAGAAUCUAUGAGGCCGUAAAUAUAACAAACUUAAGUCACUGGACAUUGAUGGUAAUUUCCCACGAUUUACUGUACAUUUCAUUCUGAAGUUUACCCAGAAAAUAUAAACUGCAAGGUGGAUGCAUACUAAACUUUAAAGAGAAUAUUUAAGUACGGGUAUAUGUAAUAUCAGUAUAAAAAUGAAGGCAUUAGUGCAGCUCGCACGAGGUUAGAAUAGAGAUUAAUAAAAUAGUAUCAAAACAGAAUGGAAUAAAAUGCAAUGGAGUGAAGUAGAAUGGAUAAUUUUAAGAAGAGGAGUAGAAUGAAUACAAUAGAAUGUGGAGAAAGUAUACUCCAAAACACCCUAGUUCAAAAUUUCCUGGAUAAUCUAAAAUGGACCAUUCCCCAAUUAACCAAAAUUUUGAACUCAACAAGUCUAGACAAAAAUUAUUUCAUCAUAGCUUGAAAGAGCAUCACAAAAUUAGUAAUAUUCCAAAGUUUCGUUGCGAAAUGUUGUAAAAUGCGGAUAAUAUAGCCUUGUGAAGUUUCCAAUUUUCAGUCAUUUUAGAUUACAAACGGGAAAAGGUUAUACCACUUCUGUGCGUAAUACAAAAUGACCGAAAAUUACAAACUUCGCAAGGCUACAUGUAUAUUAUCCGCAUCGAAACUAAACUUUGGAAUAUUACUACUUUUGUGAUGCUCUUUCAAGCUGUGAUGAAAUUUUUGUUUAGGCUAGUUAGAUCAAAAUUUUGGAAAAGUGGUAACCAUUUCCCGUUUGUAAUCUAAAAUGACUGAAAAUUGCAAAUUUUGCAAGGCUAUAUUAUCCGCAUUUUACAACAUUUCGCAACGAAACUUUGGAAUAUUGCUAAUUUUGUGAUGCUCUUUCAUGCUAUGAUGGAAUUUUGUCUAGACUUGUUGAGAUCAAAAUUUUGGUUAAUUGGGGAAUAUGGUCCAUUGAAAUCGGAUGUUUCAUUGCCAUUUACAAUGAUUGUAUUAUUUCUGUAGCAUGAGAUCAAAUGUAAAUUGAGCUGCAGUUGCAUAUCCUGGAAUCCUUCAAGGUGAAUAAAAGUUCUUGUUUAACAAAAUUAGUGAUUUCAAACCUUGCAAAUGUAAGGAAGGUUUUGGUAUAAAGGGUUCGUAGCUGUUUCUGAAAUCCUUGAAAGUCGUUAAAAUUGAAUGUAGGUUUUUUGAAAAGUCUGCAGUGAAUUGUAUGAAAAAGCAAGAAAGUCUUUAAAUUCUUUAGUGAGUAAUUUGAUUAAGUACGAUUCGCUAAAUAAUAAAAUGGAUGGAAUACAGUAAGAUUGUCACAAAGUGAGAAAGAGAGUGCAGGAGAAAAUUUAUCAAUAGCUGAUUGCAGGGUAUAAUUCGUUAUUCGUCUGACACUCAGGCUAAUUGCAGGGUGUUAGCCAGAGAAAAAACGUUUUGUCCGUUAAACGUAGAUUGGGAAAGUUUUUUUGACCGACCAAAGUCCUUGUGUAGGAAUAAAUAGUGUUUUUUCCAACAUGUUUCUCCUCAGAUACAAACAAUGGUAGCUUGGUUUUGUACAUUUCAUUUCCGGUGAAUGAACACUGAAAAAUGCUCCCGAUGGUACUUCAUUUUGUAUAUUUCAUUUCCGGUGAAUGAACACGGAUGCACACCGAUUAUACACUUUGUUUUGUACAUUUCAUUUCAGUGAAUACACACCCAAUAUGAGUGAAAUGCGAUACAUUUUGAGAAAAUAGUUAGUGGGAAAAAGUUAAAAAAAAGUUAUUUGAUAUAGUGUAAUAAUAUAAAAUCAAACGCAACGCACUUUCUCAUCAGAAAAAAAUUGAAAAUCUUCCAGUAGACCCAGUUGGGAAAGCCCCUUAGCUACUUCAAUUGGGAAGAGUCCGUCAAACGGACAGUAUAUGGCUAGCUAACACCCUGGAUUGCCUCCAAAAGGUCUUUGAGAAAGGUUGAAAAUCUUGGAAAUUUUUUGUCUUUGAGAUUACGACCCUGUAAUAUAUGUUGUGGUUCGUAUACGACAAAUAAUAUGGGAAUUCUUGCUUUCUUAGAAACCAUGCUCCAAUGAUCGCUGUGGGUAGUGAUGAUGCUAGUCUUUCCUCUGGAGGAAAAGUACAAAUACAAGAAUAUAAUGAAGCUUCUAGGUUUGUCAUAAUGAUAGUUUAGUGAGUAGUGCAUUUUCCAGUUGGAAAACGCGUUUGUUUGUUUGGGAAAGUUAUUUGUUAUAUACAGGGCUUCAAAUUACUGUCGGACAUCGGACAAUGUCCGACUAAAUUUGGCAAAUGUCCGAGCAAAAGUAAUUUUGAUCGGACAUUGGUCCGAUCACAAAAAAAAUUGUCACAUUAUACAUUUUUUUGCUGUGACAAAAUCCGAUUGCAAAUUCACUCAAUUUGCAUUUUGCAAUAAAAUUUACAAGGCGUUCUACCAUUUAAUUUUACUUAACGUUGCGCCGGAAUGGCAUACAUACUUGUCUCGUGACUUAUAUAUAUCUUGUGACGUAUAUAUGUCCGACCAAAUUUAGUGAUGUUGGUUUUUGUCCGACCAAAUUCAAAUUAUGUCCGACCAAAAUUAAAAGUGAUCGGACAAAUGUCCUGUCCAGUCAAAUAUUUAUUUUCAGCCCUGUAUAUAGACUAUAUAAUAACUGUAUGGUAUUUAACAUUAUAAGAUCUGGACAAAAUAUCUUGUUUUUAAACAUGAAUUGCUGAAAAGUUAGUUAUACUUCAGCUCGAUAAGUUAAGUAAAAAGGGUCAACUUUUUCAGGAAAUGGCAAAGAGUCGAAACGUUAAAUGCAAUCACAGAACCUGUACACGAUGUGGAAUUUGCUCCAAAUCUUGGAAGGUGAUAUAAUUUAUUUUAUAAUUUAUUUUAUAACUGCCCACUUUAUAUAUAAUUGGUCGUUGAAACAGUGAAAUAGUACUGAACAGUAAGUAGAAUGGAACAUAGUCAGAACCAGUUCCACAGUUAAUAACUUAAUAGUACAUUAGGAGUUCGAAUUUUAUUUGUCGUUUUAGAUCAUAUCACUUGCUAGGAAUUGCUUGCAACGAUGUCAAGAUUGCCACACUUGAGCCGCUUGGGUAUGUUUAGAAAAAAAGUUUAGCCUCUUUACUCUCUUGACGGGUUCUUCAGCGGAUUGCUCUGGGCCGUUUAUCUAUCAUAUACAUCUAUAUUAAUUACGUAAUGUGGUCAGUUUUGAUAAGCUUCCGUGUGUUUCUUAUAGAAAAGAAAUUACGUCAUCUGCAAGAUUCGCUGUCAAUAUGGUUGCUCAAUUUAAAGAACAUAGCAAGGUUUGUGUUAUAAACUCAGGGUCGAACAACUGACAUAUUGUCAGAUUAUUUAUAAUCUUCAGUACAGUGCAUUGCUAUUAAAUUUAUUAAACUCCUUCGAUAAACAACGGAACAUUUUUUUAUUCCCUCCCCCACAAAAAAAUCAAAAUCAACGACAUAAGUAACAAGAAUAUAUGAGACUGAAACUUCAUUGAUCAUACACCAAAUGUCUGAGAAAAUGUCAAAAAAGUGUCCUUGAAUUAAUUUCAAAAUUUUGUCAUGGCCGGAUUUUGAGGGGAGGUGGGCACCUUCUGAGAUCGUUUUGCACCUCCCCUGAGAAGUCAUCCACCUCCCCUCGGGAAAGGUUAAAUGAUAGAUCAAAGUGAAAAUUUUAUGCGUUGCUUAGAGUCUACUGUCUGUCUGAUAACUAUUCAUCAUCUCUGUAUCAAGUGCUCUUUUAAUGGAAUAUUUCAAAAUAAACUUUGUACAGGUAGUAAUGUAAUGAAGAGCAAUAUUGGACGAUUCAUACAGUCACAAUUCAUAAAUACACUGAUACAUAUGUACAGUACAUGCAUGCGUCAUAUAGUUGACUUUAAUAGGGGGCUACAUUCUACGUCCCAUGGGGGUCGUGGGCUAGACGCUGCACCUCCCCUAAAUAUAUUACCACCUGCCCCAACAUUUCCACUAAAAUCCGACCUUGAAUUUUGUGUAUAUUGUAUACGCUGCAAGUGGUUUAGUGUUGAUGAAGGAAAAUGUUUGACAUGUUUUACUAGGUAUGGAGAGUUCAGUGGAAUGUUACUGGAACCAUAUUGGCUUCGUCCGGUGACGACGGUAGUGUUCGACUUUGGAAAGGUAAUGUUUCCCCUUAUUAAAACAACCAAUGCGUUUUUUCUCCUGGAUUCAUUGAUGCCAAAGCUUUUCAAAUUCCAUUUUACUGAACAAGACUAUAAGGCAAUUUUCUACGCGAAUUCAAGGUCCAAAUUUUUAAUUCCCUCGGUGAUGAAAUUACAUCUCUGUAUCUUUUGUCGAUAGUUCAAAAGUUUGAAUGCAUUCAUAACCAAGUUGUACAGUAUACCUGUACAUAACCAAGUUGUACAGUGCAUUUUGUUGAUGUUGUUUGUCAUUUCAGUAAAUGUGGUAAAUGAUUAUUGCUAGAAUUCAUGCAGUUUUGCCUAAAUUAUAGAAUACAGUACCUACCGCGACUGUAAAUUAUUGUAACAGCUUUGUUACACAGUUCUUUAAUAGCUACCAGUCAAAGAUUUUCAGAAAUUAUUUGGGGGGCGUGAGGGAGGAUUGCUCUCUUAUUAAUGCGUCUUUAUAUUGGAAAUAUUUUUCAGCUAACUAUCUUGAUAACUGGAAGUGUAUUGCUGUGUUGAAAGGCGAUGGCAACCCUGCGGAAAUCCUGGGAUCUAGUGUACCAAGUGGCCUAAUGAGUACUUAGAUAUUCUCGACGAAAAACAGUUUAGUAAAGAUUGUCUGUUCCAAGAGUGCUUUGGUAUAAAAUACUGUUCAUUUCCUGCCUGUUUUAGACACCGAACUUAUCAUUUGUUCAAUUUGAAUGAUUUUAGUUUUAAUAUCCACUACAUUCGGCUACUGGUCUAAAAAUACUGUGUCAGGGAGCGGUCAUUAUUUAUGGCGGGGAGUGGCACCAAAGAAAAAUAUUUUUCUUCGUAAAAAUUUUGCUGAUCCAAUUAUUAAAACCUCAAAAACAUUUAUCAAAAUAUCAUUUAAAAAAUAAAUAUCCACCCCUGGCCAAGAACAUUACUAUACAAUUUAUGGUUUCCGUGUUUGAUGGCCUGAUCCAAACACGCGGGAACGUUGCGAGAGUUAAAAAAAGCGCGCGAACACGAGCCGAAGGCGAGUGAUUUUGCGAGCUUUUCUUAACUCGAGCAACAUUCCCAAGUGUUUGGAUCAGGCCAUCCAAACACGGAAACCAUAAAGUAAUUGUUUUAUAAAAUAACAACAACACGAUAGUCUUCCGUGUUUGGAUGGCCUGAUCAAACACGGGUUUCGACCAAUCAGAGCACGCAAUUAUAUACAUGUCAUUUUAUAAAAAAGGAUGUCACACAUGUCCUUUACCACUUCUGUGACACGAGUUUGAUAACUGCUUGACGUGCAAUUUUCUGCAGUGAAAAGUUUCAUGUUGUCUGCACAAGUACUUUCUUUGGAGACACCAUUUGCCUCCUGACAAAUCGAAAAAUGAUCGAGAUAGUGACUCUGAUUGAUUGAUAUACAUAUUCUAUUAACAUACAACUGUUGACAUCACUUAUUAGUUUUCAAUAUUUGAGUGAGUCAUGAGAUUUUUAUUACCCAACCCUUGAAUUGUUUUCAUUUACCCAACCUUUUACUACAAAUUUUGUUUAUCCAACCAUUUUCUCUCCAGUGCCACCCCCAGUCAAAAACAAUGACCAGUCCCUUAGUCUGCAAAAUUUUGCAUCCAUUAUUGAUGCUGAGAAAAUAAAGUCAGUCAAGCAUUACUAAAAACCUGCAUGGCAUAACUGAGGGUCCAAAUGUAUGCAGAAAUGCCUCUGUGUUCUUAGAAUAUCUUCAAACUUUACAGUAUAUAGAAAUAUACCAGGAAAAUACAUUGUGACAUAUGAUCAUCUCGAGCAAUAGGUUUUUGUUUUAAUCCGUUGGGAAUUAUGACUUGACCUUUUAGUAGUGGUUGAUAUUUGGCUACUAUUUUACACAGUACAUAUUAUUUAAACCAGUUUGUAUCGAGGUCAGUGUGUUCCGCACAAGAAAAAUUCAACCAGAGACAAAAUUCAAAAACAUUGAAAAAUUGUCAGACCAAAAUAAAAUAUUUCUGAUCAUUAUCUGUACACAUAUAAUUUCAGAUCAUAUCAUAAUAAAUGCUCCUCAAGACAGACUAUGUUUUAAUUAUCUGCCCAAUUAAGUUGAAAUUUUAAAAAUAUAAAUUUUCGAAGUGGUUCCAUCCAUAUUAUACCAUUGGAUUCUUCACCGAUCUUGACCGCCAUGUUGGUUAUAUCUGUUUGUUAAAUCCAUAGAGAUUAUAAAACAAUAGAGUGGGCAUUGCGGUAAAAAUAGAGGGAGAAACUGAAGCUUCCUAAUGGGGGCAAAUAACGCUCUCUGAUUGGUUAAAGCCUCGUUGCCCGGAUGCAAGCCGCGAUGUUUAGAAGGAGCGGGAAAUUAUUAAAAUAUUACAACUUCGAAAACAUCGAAUUUUUCCAGUUUUAGCAUAGUUCAAGCAAGGACUAAAUGCUCAAGAUCAACAAGAAUAGCUGGACUUUAAUACAAAACAAGUUCUGCAACGGUAGAAAUGUUUCAAAGUGCUUUUUUCUCGAUGUUGAAGAGUGGUAUUUUGCUCGUCACUUCGGCACGGUUUUUAAUCAUUUUUCACGAUAUAAAACGGAAAUUCUCAAUUUUUCGCCACAAAUCAAUGUACAACAGUUAGGACUUUUGAUAAAACUAGGAUUGAAUAAUUGAAUUGUAGUGAAAAAAAUAGAUUUUCGUGGUUUUACAUCCGAGUAUAACUGAAAUUUGCUCCCAACUAGCAAGCUUCAAUUUGUCCCUUUCGUUUGCCCUGAAUUUUCAUGCAAUGCCCGCUCUAUUCUUUUAUAAUCUCUUUGGUUAAAUCGUUGACAACAAAGAGUUGAAUGAAUGAAUGAAGAUCUUUAUUACCUCAGGGUAAUCCUUUCAGUGCUACAGUGAAUACUGUUAUCAACAGGAGCCCUGAAAUUGAAUAUAAAGUCAUCAUAAUAAAAAUCAGUGUAAAUUUUGGCAAUUAUAACACUUAACCGUGUCAUCUUUAUAUUAGAUUGAAUGUAAAUCGUUUCUUCGUUACGUUAAUUUAUGCAGAGUUUCGCUUCCAGCUAUUUUUUUUAAUUCGGUUCCGACCGUAACAGGAACUCGGGAAAAUCAGAAUUUCGGCUGGAACCAUGAAGCAGGAACAAACCAAGUUCCCGACGCAGUCUGGGUAGGAAAUGAAUGUAUUUCUUUUUAAACCGUUCGAACGUUUAGUCCGAGUUUCCUUUCGCAGUACUGAGCCUAAGGUAUGGUUUCACCAACUUUGAAAUUUAGGAAAUGUAUUCGUGAAUAGUCGAAGCUGUCCGUUGUCUUCCAACAGGCAGUGGAAGAAAAGUUUUUUCUCUAUACCUUUUCGUUCACAUAAUACACCGAACUCUUUUACCAGUUCUUUAAUAACUUUCGAAUCAAAUCUCUCGUGAAGUUGACGACUGCGGUCACACAGAACGAGACUGAAAGACUCUUCUAUUACUACAGUAUGUACUUUGACAUCAAACCUUCUGCCCUUUCGUAGUGGGCGGACGCUGUCGUUUGGACCAAUUUCCUUUCGACCUUCAAGUUGUUCCGUAAUAUAGUAUUCAACUCUUUCCAUGGAUGUAAUUAAAUAGCUUGACUUCUUACGUAAAACUUUGCAUAUUGUCUCAUGCUUUGGCCGAUGAUUUCGUUUGCAAAUUUUACCGCAAUACGCAGUCGUAAAGCACUUUUGACAUAUUUUCGGCGUUUUCGUCGACAAACGACAAUUUGAGCAAUAUGAAACGGACAAAUUUAACUUAUCACCGUUCUCGUUUUCUUUGUUAUUGUGCUCUUCGUUAUCCUGGAAUUUAGCAGAUUUAAGGGAAUUGGGAGAUUUGAAAUGAGACUUCAUCAAAUCUAUACUUUUUCCAAGCGACAAUGGAUGGACUUCAUCGAUCUGUACAUUCUCCACAAACCCUGGACCAAUAUUAUCAUAAAUUUUAUUUUGUUCAAUGACAGAUGG